AUGAGUAGCAAUUUAAAUAAAACUUGUGAAUAUGAAGAAAAAAGUGGUACUCUUGAUGGAGGUAGCAAUGAUACAGAAAAAAGUGGUACCCUUGAUAGGUCUGGGGAAGACGAGGCACAAAGUGGUAUACCAUAUGUAAAUGGGGAAGAUGAGAUUCAAAGUAGUACUUUUGAAGAAAUUUUUGAAGAUGAAAUAAGUCGUGGUUCUAGAGAUGGUAGCUUUGGAUUUGAUUCAGAUAUGUCUUUUAACGGAGAAACUGAAAAUCAAAUGGUUGGUGGCUUAGAAGGUAUACAAAAUAUUUUGCAGAUUCUGGAGCGUAUCAGCGUGAGGCAAAUAUUUAGUACCAAGGCAGAGUUACAAAAUAAGUUGCGUAUGAUCACGAUAUUUCAGAAUUUUGAUUAUACAACGUAUAAGCCCACAAAAACUUUGCUGGUACUGAAAUGCUUUGUUGCUGGUUGUUCUUGGAAGAUUCGUGCAUCAGUAAUGAAAGCAUCUUAUGAGUUUAAAGUUCGAAAGUACAUUGACAUUCAUACGUGCCCUGCUACAAAUAGGUGUUCUCGUCAUCGACAAGCUACAUCAAAAUGUAUUGGAGAGUUGUAUUUGGGAAAAUUUGGGAAAGUUGGUCUUGGGAUUAGACCGAUUCACAUUAUGGAUGUCAUGAAGGCUAUGUAUGGUAUUGAUAUUGAUUAUUGGAAGGCAUACAAAGCCUUAGUACAUGCACGUGAGCUAGAGAGAGGCACAUGGGAGAGCGGGUACGAGUAUUUUCCUUUCUAUUUUCAAAAGAUCGAGGCGGCUAAUCCAGGUACAAUUACGAAACUUGUUUGCGAUGAGGAAGACAGAUUUAGGUACUUAUUCAUUGCAUUUGGUGCAUGUAUCACUGGUUUCCAAUUUAUAAGAAAUGUGAUAGUUGUGGAUGGAGCUCAUUUGAAAGGAAAAUUCAAAGGUGUUAUGCUCGUUGCCGCUUCACAAGAUGUAAAUGGUGGGAUAUUUCCUCUAGCUUUCAGGAUUGUUGAUUCAGAAAAUCAUGUUUCAUGGGAGUGGUUCCUAAAUCAGCUGCGUUUGGUUUAUGGGGACCGAGAAGACUUGGCAAUAAUUUCUGAUAGACACAAAUCCAUUCGAAAAUCAGUUAGAAAGGCUGCAAAGGUGUACAGGGUUUCUGAGUUCAUUGCGUUAUUUGAUGAGAUUCGAAGAGAAAACCCUGCCAUUGCUGCAUAUUUGGAGAAGGCUGAUGUUCGUUUGUGGUCUCGUGCAAUUUUUCAAGGAGAUAGGUAUGAUAUAAUGACAAGCAAUAUUGCUGAGUCUAUCAAUAAGGUUCUCAAAGACGCUCGCGAGUAUCCUAUUGCAUUUUUUCUGGACGAAGUGCGUAAGGUGAUUUCAAGAUGGUUUAUGGAACGACGAGAACAUGCUAUGUCACUACAAACAUUAUUCACGCCAAGGGUUGAACGAACUUUGACGUAUAGAUGCAAGAUUGGUAAUACUCUCACUGUGCAACACAUAAACGCAUAUCGUAGCCAUGUAACUGGUGGUGCACUUGAUUGUGUCGUGGACAUACGAGAGAAGAGUACUUGCCGUAAAUAUGAUAUUGAUAAGAUACCAUGUGAACAUGCUCUUGCUUCUGCUGGUAAGCGACCAAAUCUACAUUUACAAACUCUAGUACAUCCGUACUACACAAAAAGUAACUUGUCCGGUGCGUAUGUGGAGUCCGUUAAUCCGGUGGAUGUUGAGUCGCAACCUCAUGCAGAUUUACCAAUGAAAAAAUGUCUCCCACCAGAUGUAAAACGUGGACUAGGUAGGCCAAAGAAGUCGAGAUAUCUUUCUGCACUUGAAAGAGUGAUGGGCAAACAACCACAGUUGAAAAAGAUGAAAAUCGAGAAGGUUUACAAUGAACCACCAACCCAAAAGUUGUGCAAGCUGUACACAAGCUCAGAAUGUAAGCAAGCUAGACAUAAUCGUGCCACUUGCAAAGGUGGCUGA